AUGGCACCUAAACAGUCAAAACCAAGCCCAUUCUUAAAGGCAAAUACGUGGUCACGAACAUUUCAUAGUUGGAUAUCUAAAUUACUCGAUGAAAGUCAUCAACAAAAAACACUUAAUCUCGUUGAUCUUUACGAUCUACUUCCUGAAUAUGAAUCAAUUAAUCUUACUGAAAAACUGGAAAACCAUUGGUUCGAUGAUACGAGACAUCAUCCUGAUAAUCCAAAUCUUUUUCGUGCUACAGUUCGCACAAUGGGAUGGCAGCCAUUUCUAAUUGGCUGUCAAUUCAUUCCUCAAUUUUACUUUUCCAUACAUGGAUAUGGUGCUCAAAUGCGUGUUGCUUAUCAUGGUUUAAUCUAUCGUAAAAUUCUUCGUCUAUCAAGUCGUUCAUUGAACAAUAUGAGUUCCGGUGAAAUAGUGAAUCUAUUUUCUAAUGAUGCUGGUCAAAUCGAAAUGGCUCUGCAGUCUAUUAAUUUUUUAUGGAUAGCUCUACUGGAUAUUAUGACUAUGGCAGUAUUUUUCUGGUAUUUUGUUAAUUAUAUCGCAUGUAUUGCAAUAGGCUAUACGUUGAUGCUUAUUUUACUGGUAUCUCUUAUUGGCAGCCUAUUAGUUUAUUUACGACGUAAAGUUUUAAAAGUCACCGAUGAACGAGUAAAAACCAUGUCGGAAAUAAUUAAAUCGAUGCGUAUUGUUAAACUGUAUUGUUGGGAAUCUGCAUUUGAGAAAAAAAUUCGUUCUAUAAGAAAACGCGAAAUUAUUCAGCAUGCUCUACGUUUAAUACCAGAAACUAUUGAAUUAUUAUUUUCAAAUACAUAUGUUUGCGUGACAUUUUUUAUGAUGUACGCAGCAAUGUGGUCACUUGAUAUACCUUUCGACACCCGAUUUUUCACUGUCGCGACAUGCUUUCUAACUCAUUUAAAAUUUUCGAUAUGGAUUUUUGGCAGUUCUAUACGUCAUUUUGUCAAUUAUUUGGCAGCAGCUCGACGCAUACAAACAUUUCUUUUGCUAGAUGAAUCUGACAGAGAUCGUCGUUUGAUGUCAGAAUCUGAUAGAAAGUUGCCGAUGGAUAGAAUACGAAACGAUGAGAACAACAUAGUUCUAAAUUCAACAAAGAAAAUUGUGAAAGUGGAAUGUCGUUUGCAAAGAGCUGCAUGGGAACAUGAUGGAUUGUUCAAAUUGAAAAAUAUUAUAUUCGAUGCUUAUCCCGGUGACUUGAUAUGUAUUAUUGGACCUGUUGGAUGUGGCAAAAGCUCUAUAUUACAAUCUUUAACAGGUGAAAUUCCCUAUUUUGAUGGUAAAGUUCGACUUGGUGGUUCAUUUUGUUAUUUACCACAAGAGCCGUGGAUCUUUUCUUCAACUAUAAAAAAGAAUAUUCUUUUCGGCAAAGAUUUUGAUCCUCAAUUAUUUCAACGUGUUGUUAGUGCCACUGCACUCGGUGCAGACUUUGCACAAUUAUCCUGUGGAAUGAAUACGUUAGUCGGCGAUCAAGGUGUUAUGUUGUCUGGAGGUCAAAAGGCAAGAGUAAACAUGGCAAGGGCAUUGUAUCGUGAUGCUGAUAUUUAUUUGUUAGAUGAUCCGCUUUCCGCUGUUGAUGUUAAAGUUUCGAAGCAUAUUUUCGAGAGAUCAAUCAAAAAUUUUCUUUGCGACAAGAUUUGUAUUCUAGUUACUCAUCAAAUUCAAUUUUUAGAAGAUGCAACCAAAAUUAUCGUACUCGAAAAUGGUGAAAUGGUACAAACAGGAACAUACGAUGAAUUACGUGCAAAUUCAUCGUCAUUCAAUCGUUUACUAGAAAAUAUUCAUCAACAAAAGCAAGAGCAACUUGAAUGUCCAAUCAAUAUUCUACGAAGACUACCGUCAAGAUGUUUGACAUCGACGGAAAAUGAAAAUGGCGAUGCAUCAUCAUUAAGGGAUUCACAGACAUUAGAAACGAAAGAAAAAGGUUCUGUUAAAUCGAGCGUUUAUAUCGCAUAUUUACGAGAAGGUGUUGGCAUUUUUCUUGGUGUUUUUAUUUUAAUAUCAAUGUUUAGCUUUCGUGAAGUAAUAUAUGUUGUACACGGUUGGUGGUUAGCACGAUGGAGCGAUGAUGAAGGUUAUCGACGUCAAAAUUUCAAUAAUUGUACAACAAUGAUGGAUCAAAAAAUUAAUAUAAUAAGUUCGAUGAAUGAAACUCAAUGGAAUGUAUAUCGAAAUAGUCGUUUCGAUUUUUACUGUGGUAUUGUCGUAACUCUCCUAAUUCUUAGUCUAUUACGUAUAUUCAUUGUUAAAUUAAUAUUUCUAAAUAGUGGACGAGUACUUCAUAAUAAAAUGUUUCAGCGAUUGAUUCGAUGUCCAAUUUCAUUUUUCGACUCGAAUCCUGCCGGUCGUAUUUUGAAUCGUUUUACUAAAGACAUAGCGGCGGUGGAUGAACAUCUUCCAUGGAAUUUUUUCGAUUUUCUCAACUGUCUUUCUGAAGUAAUCGGAACCAUUCUUCUUGUUAGUUGGCUUAAUCCAUCGUCAUUCAUACCAGCUGUGUUCGUAAUCAUUGGCCUGUUAUUUAUUCGUUAUCGUUUUGCGCGAUGUUCUCGAGAUCUCAAACGACUUGAUAGUACAUCAAGAAGUCCAAUUUAUUCAUAUUUAACGUCAACUAUUCAUGGACUCAAAGUUAUUCGAUCUUAUCGCGCAGAAAAUAUUUGUUUAUCUCAAUUCUCCAGUCUGAUUGAUGAUAAUACACGUGCUAAUUAUCUAUUUAUGACAACUAAUCGAUGGGCAGCAAUUCGUUUUGACUGGAUUACAACAUCGUUUAUUGCUAUUGCAAUAUCGAUGGCUCUGAUUGUUCGUGUUACAGGUCGUCAAUUUUCAGCUGCAGACAUAGCUCUGACACUUUCAUACAGUCUUAAUCUCAUAGGUCUUUUGCAAUGGACUAUCAGACAGUCAGUUGAACUGGAAACGCAAAUGACAUCAGUCGAACGAGCACUUGAAUAUUGUAAACUUGAACAGGAACCACCAGCUUGUGUAUCGCCAAAAAAGCAGCCACCCACAAAUUGGCCACGACGUGGAGAAAUUCUUUUCAACGAUGUUUGCAUGGCUCAUUCGAAUAACUUAGAUGCACCUUUAGCUCUAAGAAAUAUUUCCUUAAAUAUACAAGCUGGUGAAAAAAUUGGUAUUGUAGGAAGAACAGGCGCUGGUAAAAGUUCAUUUAUUCAAAGUAUUUUUCGAAUGGGCACACUUGUGAAUGGUCAAAUUCUAAUUGAUAAUAUUGAUAUAUCAACAGUUGGCUUAGAUGAUGUUCGACGACGAAUUUCAAUUAUUCCACAAGAUCCUGUUCUUUUUACUGGAACAAUGAGAAGUAAUCUUGAUCGAUUUGGUGAUUAUUCGGAUGCUGAAAUAUGGCAUGCGCUUGAUCAAGUACAAUUGAAAAAGCCAGUUAGUGAUGUAAUGCCGAAUGGUCUUCAAUCGCUUGUCAAUGAAAGCGGUUCAAAUUUAAGUGUUGGACAAAAACAAUUAGUAUGUUUAGCAAGAGCUAUCUUGAAAAAAAAUAAAAUACUUGUAAUUGAUGAAGCAACUGCUAAUGUCGAUAAUGCAACCGAUGAAUUAAUUCAACGAGCAAUUCGUGAACAAUUUAAAAAUUGUACAGUAUUAACAGUGGCUCAUCGACUACGUACAGUGAUUGAUAGUGAUCGUAUUAUGGUACUCGGCAGUGGCAACAUAUUGGAGUUUGAUACACCUCAAGCAUUACUUUUCGACGCGCAGUCUCAAUUUAGUUCGCUUGUGCAACAAACUGGAAUAGGUGAAGCUGAGCAUCUUCGAAUAUUAGCAAAUACUGCUGCUGAAUUCAAUAGGAAAAUAGCUCAAGACAUAGUUAUCAGUAAUGAAAAUACAUUCGAAAAAAAUAAUGAAUCUGACCCAUUUAUUUAA